AUGACGGUGGCAAAAGGGAGGCUGCAGAGGUGUUGCGAUCGAGCAAAGGCCGGAGCAGUGAAUCCCUGGAAGAGGAUUAGAGUUGGCGCGGGACGGGAAAAGCGAUCGGAUUAUGAUGAUGGUGGAGAUGAAGAUGAUGAUGAUGAGAAUGAGAUGGUGAGGACUGAGGAAGACGAUGAGCCAGUCAAUACCGAGGUUACCGCUAGAGAAGACGGGAUCUGGAGGAGAUCUAUCUUGGAGUAUCUAGACGACAGAAGAGGAAAAAGGAGGGAGCAAACCAGGGAGCAACAAAGAGGGUCUGAAGAAGAAGAAGAUGAUAAUAAUAAUAUAAAUGAGAGAACCAGAUCGACUGUUGUAGUGACCAAACUGGCUGAAACGAACCAGGCUGAGAUCAUACAAGAGUCUAAAAUACUCGAGGUCAGGCCUCCUGCUAACGGUGAAGCAUCCCGAGAUCGGCAGUGGCAGUGUAGUCAGAUCAUGGCUGCCCUUUGCCUGGUCCAUGGGUCCACCGUGAUGGUGGUGAUGAUCUUCACGAUACGAGAGAACUGA